AUGUUGCAUCUGGGAUUUGAGGAACGGUGUCCUCCUGGAGGAGAGGAAUCAGUUGUUUUCUACACAACGUCUCUUAGGGGGAUCAGGAAAACCUUCGACGACUGCAACAUGAUCCGCUUUCUUCUCGAUAGCUUUAAGGUUAAGUAUUAUGAGAGGGAUGUGUCUAUGCACAAACAGUACAGAGAAGAGCUUAGCAGCAUUUCAGCUACUGAGGAAGAAACAGAGGCUUGGUUCGUUAAGGGUAGGUGUAUCGGCGGAGCUCAACGUGUAUUGGGUCUGCACGAGCAAGGCAAGUUCAGGGCUUUGUUUGAGGGUGUUCCAGGAUUCAGUGCUUGUUAUGUAACGAGAAUGGCUUGA